CUUCUCUCCUUGUCUUUUCGGACUGUCAUAAUGAUGUGGCGGCACUUGAAGUAAACCGCUGAACAAAAAGACAGGUGUUUUGUCAGUCUAAUUUCUUGUGUAAACUUCGGCCUUUCGUCUUGUCAGAUUGUGUUUAUUGCAUCCACUAGGAAAAGGCGCAAAGCGACGAAGAUCAACACGAGAACGGGAAAAAGCGUAUCGCAAAAGAUUUCUUAAGAUGGGACACACGGCGGAUGCCCAAGUAACAAAGUAAGGGAAAAUACAAGGAAAUCAUCAGACGAAGACAAAUCGAUACGAUAAGAGAUAUACUUAAUGUGACGUCAUGAUUUCCAUAAUGACUAUCACGCUCUUCACGAGUACGCUCGUUACCCGGCCGAGUCUUCUCUCCGCUACUUGUGCUACAUCAACACAGGGAUCGGUCCUUACAAGUCAUGUGAUUAAUGUGACCAAUCAGAAGACUGCUCUAGACUGCUACUAUCAUUGCCUCGGUCACGCGUUCUGUCAGAGUUUGAACUAUCACGUCUCUACUAAACUUUGCGAGAUCAAUAACCGUACGGCCUCCGGGAGGGACAGCUAUCUACGAGCCAAGGACGACGGUGUCUACUUUGAAAAUCCAAAUAGAGUGACGGUAGGAUCUAGUGCUAGUUUCCAGGCCUUCUCGUGCCAGGAUGUCAAGGAUGGGUCAAUCAGCCCUGCCAGUGGUGUAUUCUGGGUAUUGAGUAACCAGGUCUACUGUGACAUGCAGAACACAAAUCCCAGCUCGUGCCCAGAUCCCUUUUGCGAAAACGGCGGGACAUGCAAAGUGCUCAGCGGUGGUUAUCAUUGCACAUGCGCAAUAAAUUUCCAAGGACUACGCUGCGACAAAGCUGGGGACCCGUGCCUGUCAAAUCCCUGCCUUAACAAUGGGACGUGCUCCGCGACAAACCAAAAUUACAGCUGCUCGUGCCAGAGAUUCUUUAACGGAACCAACUGCGAAAACGAUGCAGCCCCAGAAUGUAGAAACUAUCAAGUACUUUCGGAUAAAGAAAGACACGUGACCAUUCCCACAACAGUGGACCAAUCUGACGAGCUUCUUCCAGUCACGUGGUAUCGGUUUACUCACGAGGCUGGCAAUAGAAUGCCAACCACGUGUCCAGCGAGUAACAAUCUUUGUGGUGCUGUGAUGCCGGGAUGGCUCAAUGGAGCUGAGCCUGCGAUGGAAGAGGGAGCGGUUACUCGCAGAGCGUGUUUUUACUUCAGUGGUGACUGCUGCAAUCUUGAGAAUACCAUCAAAAUUCGCAAUUGCGGGUCGUAUUUUGUCUAUUAUUUGGAAAAGAUUCCUUUUAAUGGUUUCCUGAGAUAUUGCGGAGCGUGGUAGCAAGGGAAAUGCAAUGCAAAACUAAAGAUGAUUUGUCAAGAAGGUCUUAUCAUCUGCGCUCGAGGGCCAAGCGCUGUUUUCUUCUGUUACGAAUGUUCUCUGCGGUAGAGACCUAAGGAAGCAUCCGCAAUGACCGCUAAAUUUUCGAGCAUGUGCAAGGUUGCUGUGUGCAGCUUCGAUGUGUUAAAAAAAAUUUGUGGGGUGUGUCGAGAAGCCUUGACCUUUCCCUGCGUCGUGUGUACAUAAUUGGACACGUCACGUCACGUCACGCCGCCAUAUAUUUUACACUUCCACUAAAAAACAAGUCCCGCCGCAAUGCAUCCAUUCAAACAAGUAACUUCACAGUUGUGGAAGUAAACAAAACGUCGAAAUUUCAAAUUAUAAACAAUAGCAGAGGUGCUAAAUUGAUGUCUUUUAAAACCCCGUACGGGACUCAAAACUACCGCGAGGCAUACGUGGUGUGUGCUUGCUAUUUAACGUGAUAGGUGUACAUGAGACACGAGAACAAGUACGCAAGGGCCGUAUUCAAGUGUGACCGCCUUAUUUUUUUCGUGAAAGAAUUGUGUCAGGGCCGUAGCCCUCCAAUAUUCUAAAAUAAAGAAAUCAAUGGUUUAAGAAA